UCAACCUGGGGAGACGACAAAGACGACGACGAUGGGGAUUCUGGAGGAUGAGCUGACAUCCGCGGCUGCCACGGGGAACACGGCCGAGGUGAAGCGACUCCUCCGGGCAGGGGCCGACGUCAACGGGGCCAAUCGGCUGGGUUACACCGCGCUGCAGGUGAUGAUGAUGGGGAGCACGCCUGUGGCCCACCUGCUGCUGGAAGGUGGUGGCGACCCAAACGUGGCCGACUCAAGUACCGGGAGCACACCGCUGCACGACGCGGCCCGGACUGGCUUCAGCGACACCGCGCGGCUUUUGGUCCGCUUCGCUGCCUCUCCGCAGGCCAGGGAUCACUCCAACUGUCGGCCCGUGGAUGUGGCUCGGAGAUACGGCCACGAGGACGUCGUGGCCUUUCUGAAAUCUCUGUGAAGGACUUAUUAUUAUUAUUUUU